AUGAAUGAUUAUUACGAAUUUGAAGAUCGUAAAAUGCGUGGUUUUCGCGAUUGGCGAAAGGCUUUGAGGACACCAGCGACGUAUAGAGUAGGAAAUACAGUGAGACUACAACCUCAGUUUAUGUUACUAAUUGUUUUAGUAGGUGCUUUCUUAAUUGUGUUAUUUUAUUAUAAUUGGUGGACCAGUGACCAAGUAAUACAUCGUUGGACGAGGAGUUCAAGACAGUACAAUGGAACAUAUCCACUUUCACCUGUUAUACAUUCCGGAGAUAUUUUUACAUAUAGGAUAGGAAUUGUGGCUGAUUUGGACACAAAUUCAAAAAACGGGGCUAAGGCCUACACUUUUAAUAGUUAUCUUAAAAAAGGUCACCUAAGUUACAAUCCUGUUGAUAAAUUUGUAACUGUUUCAUGGGAUAGGACACCAAAUCUUUUGUUAUCAUCUACUUAUUCACAUAAAGGACGAGGCAUGGAAUUAUCUGAAUUGAUAGUAUUUGAUGGUCGACUGCUUACUUUUGAUGAUAGGUCGGGAAUGAUUUUUGAAUUAAUUAACAACAAAGUAGUCCCAUGGGCGAUCUUGUCAGAUGGUAAUGGCUACAAUGAGAAAGGAUUUAAAUCGGAGUGGGCGACCAUCAAAGAUGAAAUUCUAUAUGUAGGGUCUAUGGGCAAAGAAUGGACAACAGCUUCUGGUGAAUUUCAGACAUAUGACCCAAUGUGGGUGAAAGCUAUUAAUAUUCAUGGAGAGGUCCAACAUUUAAAUUGGGUCCAUCAAUACAAAACAAUACGACGGUCCAUUGGCAUUGAAUGGCCAGGAUACAUGAUACACGAAUCAGGGAUGUGGUCCGAAAUUAAUAAUAAAUGGUACUUCUUACCAAGAAGAUGUAGUCAGCAACCCUAUAAUGAAUCAAGGGAUGAAGUUAUGGGUUGUAACUAUUUAAUAACUGCUGACAAUAACUUCAAUAGUUGUAAGGCUAAACAGAUAACAAAACUCCAGCCUAAACAUGGCUUCUCAUCAUUCAAAUUUAUACCAGGAACAGAUGACGAAGCAAUAGUUGCAUUGAAAACAACAGAAUUUGAAGGGAAAACCGCGACAUACAUUUCCGCAUUUAGAACGGAUGGCACUGUGCUAUUAGACAAUAGUUUUGUUGAAGACCUUAAAUUUGAAGGAAUCGAGUUUAUAUGA